AGCCGAUUCGGCUCGGGGGCAUGGCCGUGAGUUCGGGCAGGAGCGGCGGGCGCCGUCUGGCCAAGAUGGGUGCCCGCACACUGUCACGGGGGCUCUUCCUUGCGUCCGCUGCCACCACCGGCUUCGCCUAUGAUGACCCUGGGCUCCUCGAGGCGCAGGGGCUGUCUCACUACAUGCACUGGAAGCACUACCUCCCGGACUGCCGGCCUCGGGACCCCAGCCGCCCCUCCGAGUUUGAUGCCUCUCGCUCCGCGGGGUGCACGUCCGGACCACGCAGGGUCAAGUCGUUGUGGGGCCUCCUGGAAGAUUGUUGGUGGCUCCUUGGAGGGCUCUUUUGGGGCCUCUUGGGGCUUCGUUGGGGCCUCUUUGGGGUCUCUUGAGGCCUGAGGGGGGCGUCUGGACUGCUGGCCUCGGGACCGCAGCCACCCCUCCGAGACUGCUUCGCGGGCCUGCGCCGCAUUCGCCGACUCCCUGGGGGCCCUGGGGGUACAGUCGGGGCCCAUGAAGAAGGAACCC